AUGGCGACCAUUAUGAAAAACGCAAACACCUUGCGCAAGGCGCUGAAUACCGGGUCGGGCCUCUCGUUCGGCGCGUGGCAGAUGCUGCCGGGGACGCACCUGUCGCGGACAAUCGCCCGGGCAGGGUUUGACUGGAUCUGUAUUGAUUGCGAGCAUGGCAAUAUUGCGGAUAACGAAAUGCACGAGUCUGUCCACGCCGUCGCCGCCUGCGACGUCAGCCCCAUAGUGCGCAUCCCCGCGAACGAAGGGUGGAUGGUCAAGCGAGCUCUAGACGCCGGCGCCCACGGCAUCAUCGUCCCUUUGCUGUACAGCGCCGAAGACGCCAAGAAGCUGGUGCAGACGGCCAAGUUCCCGCCGUAUGGCAAGAGAGGUUUCGGGAGCCCCUUCUCCAUGGGCGCGUUUGACGUCAAAGGCGAGCUGUCGGGGUUUGACUAUAUGAACAACGCCAACGAGAACCUUUUGACCAUUGUGCAGAUCGAGACCAAGGAGGCUUUGGAUUGUGUCGAGGAAAUCGCCAAGGUGGAUGGCAUCGACGUGCUUUUCAUCGGACCGUGGGACCUGGGCAACAACAUCGGGUACCCCGUCAAAGGAGACUUUAGCCCUGAGCUGAAGGAGGCCAUUGUGAGGAUAUUGAAGGCGGCACAAUCCGCCGGGAAAAAGUCAGGGAUAUACUGCCCGUCGGGCGAGGUGGCGCGACAAUAUGCCGACAUGGGAUUCCAGAUGAUCUCCGUGGUGAACGACAUGACGGCCAUUCCGGUAUUCAUGGCCGACUCGCUAUCCAAGGCUAAGGGGUCCUACGGCCACGCGGCCGCUCAGGCCGUCAAGGGCGCCGCAUACGGGGCGGUCAACAUGGUGACGCAGGACAAGAAAUAA